AUGCCACUGGCCGUGUGCUCGCUGGGCUGUCCCCAUGCUCUCCAGCGACUGCUGCCUGCUUCAGAGACGGGCAGUUGUCCUGCAUCUAGGUUAGAGAACUUCUGGCUCGCAGAGGUGGUUGGAUUGUCGGGCACGAUAUUUGGCCAAGAAUGUACCGGGUGGAAGCAGGAGUGUGCUGUUGGGGCUGCCUGCGGCACGGUGGAGUGUGGGGUGGCUCAUGCCUGGUGGCCCCAGGAGGAAGGGAGGCCUGGGCUGGGGUGCGUGGGGAGCUCUGCGGCACUUGCUUCGAGAGGCCGAGGCGUGGGCGCAGGUAAUGUGGCACUUGACAAUUUACAGAUAAAGGAGAAUGCAUUGAGUGAACUGGAUGUACCUUUUAGAAUAAAAGUUGGUCAGAUAGAUAAACUUACUCUGAAGAUUCCUUGGAAGAAUCUCUAUGGCGAGGCAGUUGUUGCAACUCUAGAAGGCUUGUAUCUUCUAAUAGUUCCUGGAGCAAGCAUUAAAUAUGAUGCAGAGAAGGAAGAAAAGUACUUGCAGGAUAAUAAACAAAAGGAACUGGCAAGAAUUGAGGAAGCCUUGCAGAAAGCGGCAGAAAAAGGCACUCAUUCACAAGAUUCGUUGUAUGGGUUGGAGAGUCUAAUUUACAAGGACACUAAGCCUGGACGUAAGCGUAAAAAGUAUAAAAAGCAUUUUAAGAGACCAUUUAAAGGUCAUGGUCGCUCAAAAGACAAACCAAAGGAGGAGAAGAAAGAUACUUUCUUGGAAAAGCUUGCAACUCAAGUUAUAAAAAAUGUGCAAGUCAAAAUCACGGGCAUUCAUGUUAAAUACGAAGAUGAUAUCACGGAUCCACAGUGUCCAGUUUCCUUGGGAAUGACACUGGGCGAGCUAAGUUUACUGACAACAAACGAGAACUGGACACCUUCUAUUCUGAAUGAAGCUGCAAAAAUAAUAUACAAGCUUUUGUGCCUGGACAGCCUCAGUGCUUAUUGGAACAUAAACAGCAAAAUGUAUUAUCAUGGAUCCCGUGAGCAAAUACUGGAUCAGCUGAAAAGAGGAAUUCCAUGUAGUGGUAACCAGCCUCAAGACUACCAGUAUAUUUUUAGACCGGUAUCAGCCUCUGCAAGACUGUAUAUCAACCCAUAUGCAGAAUUAGAACUAAAAACUCCCAAGCUUGAUUGUAACGUAGAAGUACAGAGAAUUGUUGUUGAAUUCACGAAGCCACAGUACCUCAGCAUGAUAGACCUUCUGGAGUCCAUAGACUACAUGGUUCGCAAUGCACCCUACAGAAGAUUUAGGCCAAAUGUAUCUCUCCAUAAAAAUGCUAGACAAUGGUGGAAAUAUGCAGGUAACAGUGUUCUUGAAGUUCACAUCAAAAGACAUACUCGAAUGUGGUCAUGGAGUAACAUAAAACAACAUAGGCAGCUUCUGAAGAGUUAUAAGAAUAUAUACAAGAACAAGCUGACACAGAGUAAACUGUCAGAAGAAGCACAGAGGCAAAUUCAGGACCUAGAAAGAAAGCUUGAUGUUUUUAAUAUAAUCUUAGCAAGACAACAAGCACAAGUUGAGACAAUAAGAUCGGGACAAAAACUACUGAAGAAGAAAAACACUGAAGCAGAAAAAAAAAGUGGAGGAUGGUUUGGUGGUUUCUGGGGUAAAAGAGAAUCUAGGAAAAAGGAAGAUGAAGAAUCACCAGUUCCUGAAACUAUUGAUGAACUAAUGACACCAGAAGAGAAAGCUAAGCUUUUUACUGCUAUUGGAUAUAGUGACAGCUCCCAUCACCUUUCCUUGCCAAAGCAGUAUGUUGCCCAUGUUGUGACACUGAAGCUGUUAAGUACUUCUCUUAUAAUUAAGGAAGAUAAGAAUGUGGCAGAAACGCUUAAAGUACAGAUAAUUGAUCUGAGUACCAAAAUAUCACAGCGCCCAGGAGCACAAGCCAUAAAGGUUGAAGCAAAGCUUGAAAACUGGUACGUUACAGGCCUAAGACAAGAAAACAUUGUACCAUCUCUUGUGGCUUCCAUAGGGGAUAGCAAGUCUUCUCUACUUCAGAUAGAGUUUAAUGUUAACCCAGAGGAUAGUACUGCUGACCAGAGUCUUACUAUUGAAUCACAGCCUGUGGAAAUAAAAUACGAUGCAAGAACAAUAAAUGCAAUGGUAGAAUUCUUUCGGACAAGUAAGGGAAUGGAUCUUGAAAGAUUAACAUCAGCUACAUUAAUGAAGCUGGAAGAAAUCAAGGAAAGAACUGCUACAGGAUUAGUUCAUAUUAUUGAAAUGCGGAAAGUCCUCGACUUGAAGAUUAAUCUGAAACCUUCCUACCUUGUGAUUCCACAGACGGGUUUCUACCAUGAAAAAUCAGAUUUGCUGAUUUUGGACUUUGGUACAUUUCAGCUGAACAGCAUAAAUCAAGGCAGUAGUCAAGCUUCUAACUUUUCAUCUUUAGAGGAGAUUAUGGACAAAGCUUAUGACAAGUUUGAUGUGGAAAUAAAAAAUGUGCAACUUCUUUUUGGAAGAACAGGUGAAGACUGGAAAAAGGCUCGUUUUCAACAUCCAUCAACUUUGCACGUAUUACAGCCUAUGGAUAUUCAUGUACAGUUGGCAAAAUCGAUGGUGGAAAGAGAUACCAGGAUGGCAAAGUUUAAAGUGUCAGGAGGACUUCCUUUGGUGCAUGUCAAACUCUCUGACCAGAAAAUCAAGGCAAUUUUUGAUCUGAUUGAUAGCAUUCCAUUGCCUCAGAAGUCAUCUGUGUCCAUUCCAAGCACAAAGGUACCAGCUAUUCCCGCAAUUCCUGUUGUUAGUAAAGGGUUACUUAAUACACCACAGUUGUUAGCAGAAAUAGUAUCAGACUCUGAAGAAGAAUAUUUUGAUUUUGAGGAAAGUUCUGAACCAACUGACAGGUCACUAAUUAAGGGAGAAGAAAUAAGAAAUGAGCCUGCUAAAGAGGAACUGACAGAUCUUCAGUUGAAGUUUGAAAUUAAAGAGGUUUUAGUAGAACUCACCAAGCAAAAGAAAUCUGAGGAAACGGUGCUUGUAUUUGAUGUAAUGCAUCUUGGGACAGAAGCUACUGUCAAAACGUAUAAUUUAGCAGCUGUAUCUUAUUUAAAGAAAAUAAGCUUGGAUUACUAUGAAAUUGGAGGUAAAAAAGCACCUAUUCAUCUGAUUAGUUCCUCAGAUAAACCUGGCUUGGACCUUCUGAAGGUGGAAUAUAUCAAGGCUGACAGAAAUGGGCCACACUUUCAGACAAUUUUUGACAACACUGAACAGAUGGUUCAAGUAGCUUUUUCAUCAUUGAACCUUCUACUGCAUACAGAGGCCCUUAUGUCUGCUGUCAGUUUUCUGACAGCUGUUAGUCCAUCAGGCAGCGAAAGUAGUGGAAAGACAUCAACUAAAGGUGAAAAGCAGGAAGAUGACGCUAAAUGGAAGAAAGUGGCUAGACCUUCCAAGGAUAAGGAUGUCUUUGACUUCAAGCUUUUUGCCAAGCUGGAUGCCUUCUGUUUAAAUAUUUGUGAUGAAAAAAAGAACAUUGCAGAGAUCAAGAUACAAGGUCUUGACUCAUCUCUUCUCCUUCAGCCAAGUCACACUGUAUUCUUUGCCCGACUUAAAGACAUAGUUGUCACAGAUGUUGAUUCAAGGACCCUUCAUAAAAAAGCUGUGUCUAUAGUAGGAGAUGAAGUUUUCAGUUUCAAUCUGACAUUAGAUCCAUAUGCUACUGAGGGAGAAGCCUACACUGACAUGUCAAAAGUGGAUGGUACCGUAUCUUUGAAAGUAGGCUGUAUUCAAAUAGUAUACCUUCACAAAUUUCUUAUGUCUCUUCUGACCUUCUUGAACAACUUUCAGACAGCUAAGGAGGCACUGAGUGCUGCUACAGUCCAAGCUGCAGAAAAGGCUGCUACCAGUGUAAAAGACCUGGCUCAAAGGAGUUUUCGACUUGCAAUGGACAUUCACUUGAAAGCACCAGUUAUUGUCAUUCCUCAGUCCUCAGUUUCCCCCAAUGCUGUAGUAAUAGAUCUUGGCUUGAUUAAGGUUCAGAAUCAGUUUAGCUUGGUGUCUCCAGAAGGCAGUUCGCUCCCUCCAGUCAUUGAUAAAAUGGAUGUGCAGCUGACAAAGCUGAAACUAUCUAGGAUCACUAUGGAGACAGGUUUGUCACAUCCAGACAUUCAGAUACUUCACCCUAUUAAUUUAAGCCUGUCUGUGAAACGAAAUCUGUCUGCAGCUUGGUUUUACAAAUUACCGGUAUUGGAGGUCACGGGUUACCUGGAUACAAUGAAUGUUGUGUUAAGUCAAGAGGAUUUGAACGUCUUUCUCAAAGUGUUGACAGAAAACCUUGGUGAAGCAGAAGAAACACAAACUCAUGCAAAAUCAGUACUGCAAAAGGAAGGUAAAACCAAAGAAAUGGAGAAAUCGCUUUUGAUGCAGGAUAAGAGUGUACCAGAAGGAAUGCUGCCCGAAAAAGGAAAAAGAACAUUGAAUGAAGAUGUAAUCAAUAUGCUACUUAAUUUUGAAAUCAAAGAGGUUGUAAUAACCUUGAUGAAGCAGGUUCAGAAGGAGAGAUACCCGUUACAUAUCCUAACUGUGCUACAGCUUGGGACCGAAACCAAAAUUAGAAAUCAUGAAUUGACUGCAGCAGCAUAUCUGAAAAAAAUUAUGAUGAGAUGCAUUGAAAUAAAUGACUCAAAAGGAGAUCCUCUUUGCAUUAUUAAUUCUUCAAGUGAAACAGAUGAGCAUCUUCUGAAAAUGGAAUACAUCAAGGCUGAUGCUGAUGGACCGGAUUUUGCUACUACUUAUAGAAACACCAAGCAAAACAUCAAUGUCAUCUUUUCAUGUUUGAAUAUAGUACUUCACACAGAGGCUUUGCUUUCCAUCAUGAGUUUUCUCACAUUCAGUGUUCCAUCAAGUGGCCUUCCCAGUACUGAUAAAGCAUCGGACCGCAAGCCUCAAAUAAAAGAAAAAGAAAAAGGAAGUACUCUUAAACCAGUGUCUAGUAAUGCAGCCGAUGAUGAUACCCGUGAAUUAAAACUCACUGCAAAGCUAAAUGCAUUCAAUAUUACAGUGUGUGAUCAGACCUGUAGCAUUGCAGACAUUAGAAUACAAGGAAUGGAUGCAUCUGUAGCUAUGAAAACGAAAAAGAUUAAAGUGUUCUCCAGGCUUGAGGACAUCAUAAUUACAAAUGUUGAUCCAAAAACACUCCAUAAAAAGGCUGUCUCCAUAAUGGGAGAUGAAGUGUUUAGAUUUCACAUGUCACUUUAUCCAGAUGCUACUGCAGGGGAAGCCUACGCUGAUAUGUCAAGGGUGGAUGGUAAAAUGUCUCUGAAAGUGGGCUGCAUCCAAAUUAUUUACCUACAUACAUUCUUUAUGUCUCUCUUGAACUUCCUAAACAAUUUCCAAACGGCACAAGAAGCCCUGACUGCAGUCACUGUCCAGGCAGCAGAAAUGGCUGCUUCCAGCAUGAAAGACUUUGCUAAAAAGAGCUUCCGCCUCUUAAUGGAUGUCAACUUGAAAGCUCCAGUUAUAGUUGUUCCUGAAUCUUCGACUUCAAAUAAUGCUUUGGUAGCUGAUCUUGGCUUAAUCAGAGUUCGGAAUGAAUUCAAGCUGGUGUCUUCAGAUGAGUCUUCUCUUCCUCCAGUCAUUGACAACAUGGAUGUGCAGCUAACUCAUUUGAAAUUAUCAAGGUGCAUUAUAUCCACAGAUUCUCAACCAGAUUCUGAAAUUCUCCGUCCUGUUAGUUUGACUUUACUGGUCCAGAGAAAUUUAGCUGCAACUUGGUAUCAUAAAACCCCAACAAUUGGUAUCAAAGGAGACCUAAAACCAAUGCAGAUAGCACUCAGUGAAGAUGAUCUAACUGUUGUCAUGAAAAUUUUACUCGAAAACCUUGGAGGAGCUACUUCGCAGCCAAAUACUGUGCAACAGAACAUUGAAGAUACGCAGAUACUUAAGAAAGGGAAAGUUCCAAAUGAAUCUGAUUUCUGUGAGGGUCCUCUUGCAUUUGGACAAGAAAACGUUUCUACAGUUCAGUCUUCUGCGGAAUGUUAUGCAACACUGAACUUUGACUUUAAUUUUGAGUCACUUUCAGUAACUCUCUACAAUAGUGAUAAGAAUCAGAAGUCUCUGCUUUCGCUGCAUAGUAACAAAUUAUGCCUUGGUGAACUCCGUCUGCAUCUCAUGGCAUCAUCGGUGAAGAUGUUUUCAGAUGGCUCAAUGGAUAUUAAUGUUAAACUCAAGGCAUGUACCCUGGAUGAUCUCAGAGAAGGAAUUCAGAAUGUGACUGCGAGAAUGAUAGACAAGAAAGAUGACACAAAUGACAGUUCUAUGAUAGAUGUAAGCUACAAGCAGGAUGAAAAUGGAACUGAAGUCGUUGCUGUCCUUGACAAGCUGUAUGUAUGUGCCAGUAUGGAGUUUUUGUUGGCAGUAGCAGAUUUUUUCAUUACCUCCAUGCCGGCGUCCUCAACUGAAAGAUCUGCACAGUUCCAGUUAAAGCAUGGUGCUUCUGGAAAAUCCAAGCCAGAAACAGAAAUAUCUGUACGGCCAAAUAUGACAGUAAAAGCUGUGAUCAUGGAUCCAGAAAUUUUAUUUGUUGCUAAUUUGACCAGUGCUGAUGCCCCCGCCUUGAAAGUCUCCUUCCAGUGUGACUUUUCUCUGACAUCUGGAAAGCUUGCACAAAGGAUGACUGCUCAAGUGAAGGGUUUCAAAGUGUUGGCCUGUGCCUUUCUCAAAGAAAAACAAGACAAGGGUGUUACUACGGUGUUACGGCCAUGUUCUUUAGUCAUGGAAAAUAUGAUACAUGUCUCAGGGUUACAAACUGUGGUAGUAACAAUAGAAGAACUUACUAUAAAGAUCUCACCAAUAAUUCUGAACACUGUGGUGACCAUUAUGGCAGCCAUAAAACCCAAAACAACAGAGGAGGAUUCUAGAGGACCAACUGAAGUUUCUGAGAAUUUGUGGCAAGUGAAGCCUAUAGAUCAGUGCAGUGCUUGGUUUCUUGGUGUUGAUGUAGCCACAGAAGUAACAGAAACUUUUAAGGACCGUGAACACGUUCUGAAACAAGAGAAAUUUGACAUCAUAGUGAAAUCGGUCCAGAUCACUUUGGAGUGUGGUCUGGGACAUCGUACUGUCCCUCUAUUAUUAGUAGAAUCUGUGUUUUCAGGUGUCCUUAAGAAUUGGUCCUCAUUGAUGGAGGUCACUGCUGAUAUGUCACUGGAGAUUCAUUAUUACAAUGAAACCUACGCAGUGUGGGAGCCACUUAUUGAACGGAUUGAAGGAGGAAAGAAGCAAUGGAGUUUAAAGCUGGAAAUGAAGACUAACCCUGUCCAAGAGAGAAGUUUGAUGCCUGGGGAUGAUUUCAUUAUUCUUCCUGAGCCACAAACUGCAGUUAACAUCUCUUCAAAGGAUACAAUGAAUAUAACAAUAUCCAAAUGUUGUCUUGCUGUUUUCAAUAAUUUAGCUAAGGCAUUUUCAGAAGGGACUGCAUCCACUUUUGACUAUUCCUUUAAAGACACAGCACCUUUCAUAGUGAAAAAUGCCCUAGGUGUUCCUCUCAAAGUGCUUCCUAGCUCCAAUUUUCGGAUUGUUGGUUCAGGUGAAAAAGAAAACAUGAACCAUGUAGAUAUUGGUCAGAACAUGGAACUCGAAUACUCUGUUUUUGAAACACCCCAACGAGGAAAGUUGUCUGCAUUGUACCGACAAGAAAGCUCCGUCUUCUCUUUAAAUUUAGAACUUCAAGGUUAUAAAGAAGUGGUAAACAUUCCCAUAGCCAAACCAGGUCGACGACUGUACAACAUAAGAAACCUUCUUGUUGAUCGUUCAGACUCGGUCAUUGUACAGAUAGAUGCUACAGAAGGAAAUAAGGUUAUUACUCUACGAUCUCCUCUGCAGAUCAAGAACCAUUUCUCAAUCCCAUUUAUAAUCUAUAAACUGGCUAGAGACUCCAAGUCACUGGAGCCAGUUGGCAUAUCCAAGCCAGAAGAGGAAUUCCAUGUUCCUUUGCAUUCAUACAGGUGUCAUCUAUAUGUUCGACCAACAGGAAUGUUAGAGGGUCAGUUCAAAGAGUCCACGACUUAUAUUGCCUGGAGGGAAGAGCUACAUCGGAGCAAUGAAGUGAAGUGCUUGCUACAGUGCCCAGCCGUGGAAACAAAUUUCUUGCCCCUAAUAAUCAGCUCAACAGCUAUACCUGAUGAACUAAAUUUUAUUUCCGCUUCUGGAGAGGAGUGGGAUCCUGCCUACAUUAUCCACCUUCACCCUACACUGACUGUGAGGAAUCUUUUACCAUACUCGUUGAGGUAUUUACUUGAGGGAACAGCAGAUGCCCGUGAGUUGACGGAAGGGAGUGCUGCAGAUGUUUUUCAUUCAAGAAUCAAUGGAGAAAUAAUGGAGCUUGUGUUGAUAAAAUAUCAAGGCAAAGACUGGAAUGGUCAUCUUAAAAUUCGUGAUGGGAUGCCUGAAUUUUUUUCUGUGUGUUUCACAUCCCAUUCUGCAACAGUGAUGACAGUGGAUAUUUACAUACAUACUAGGCGAAUUGGAAGUCGUAUGAUCUUGUCUGUGUUCAGUCCUUACUGGAUAAUCAACAAGACUUCCCGUGUUCUCCAGUAUCGAGCUGAAGACACUCAUGUGAAGCAUCCAGCAGACUACAGAGAUAUUGUUUUGUUUUCCUUUAAAAAGAAAAACAUUUUUAGUAAAAAUAAGAUCCAGUUAUGUAUUUCAACUAGCACUUGGUCCAGUAGCUUUUCCCUUGAUACUGUAGGAAGCUAUGGAUGCGUCAGAUGUUCAGCUAAUAACAUGGACUAUCUGGUUGGAGUUAGCAUCAAAAUGAGCAGUUUUAACCUUACCAGGAUAGUUACCUUCACUCCAUUCUACACAAUAGCAAACAAAUCUUCUCUGGAACUAGAAGUUGGAGAAAUUGGUCCUAAUGGCUCUUUUCCAACUAAUAAAUGGAAUUAUAUCUCAGCUUCAGAGUGUCUUCCAUUUUGGCCUCAAAACUCAUCUGGUGAACUUUGUGUAAGAGUAGUUGGCUAUGAAAGCUCAUCCAAACCCUUCCUUUAUAAAACCCAGGAUAAUGGUACUCUGCUGAGGCUGGAAGAAUUGAAUGGGGGCUUACUGGUAGAUGUGAAUGUUUCUGAGCAUUCUACUGUCAUAAGCUUCUCGGAUUACCAUGAGGGAGCUGCUCCAGCUCUUAUUGUCAACCAUACUCCAUGGGACUCUCUCAGAUUUAAACAGAGUGGAUUACAAGAGGAAAUGGAGUUGAAACCAAACCAAGUGUGCCUGUUUGCAUGGACAGAUCCAACUAAAACAAGAAAAUUGAUUUGGGGCUACUCCCAAAAUUUUGGUGAACAUGACCUACUUAAGGAUGAAUGUGGCCAAUUCCCUUACAAUGCAAAUACUCAAAUACACUGGGUGUCUUUCCUGGAUGGACGCCAACGAGUGCUACUUUUCACAGAUGACGUUGCAUUAGUUUCUAAAGCACGACAAGCAGAGGAGCUGGAGCAACCUGAUCAGGAAAUAAACUUGUCAAUCCAUAGUCUUGGACUUUCUCUUGUUAACAAUGAAAAUAAAAAGGAAAUCUCUUAUAUAGGAAUUACUAGUUCUGGUGUUGUUUGGGAACUGAAACCGAGGCAAAAAUGGAAACCAUUUAAUCAAAAGCAAAUAAACCUGUUGGAACAAGCCUAUCAAAAGUAUCUUUCUAAAAGUGCUUUCCAAGCUCCAGGUUGGCAUAAACUAGACAGCAAUACUGAGGUGAAUUUUAGUAAGAUUCCAAUGGAAAUGCGUCUCCCAGUCAGAUGCAGCAUCCGACGCAACUUUUUGUCAGGAAUUCAGGUUGAAUUCAAACAGUCGCCUCACCAAAGAAGCUUACGGGCUCAAUUGUAUUGGCUGCAGGUUGAUAAUCAGUUACCAGGAUCGAUGUUUCCUGUUGUAUUUCACCCUGUAGCCCCUCCCAAGUCGAUUGCUUUGGAUUCAGAACCAAAACCCUUCAUUGACAUCAGUGUUAUCACUAGAUUCAACGAAUACAGCAAAGUACUACAAUUCAAGUACUUCAUGGUUCUAAUCCAGGAAAUGGCACUGAAAAUUGAUCAAGGAUUUUUAGGAGCACUUAGUGAACUUUUCACUCCGUCUACAGACCCAGAAGCUGAAAGACAAAGGACUAAAUUAAUUCAGCAAGAUGUGGAUGCGCUUAACACUGAACUAAUGGAGGCUUCCUUAACAGACCUGUCAAUGCUAAGCUUCUUUGAGCAUUUCCAUAUUUCUCCAAUUAAGUUGCAUUUGAGUUUGUCUCUGGCUUCUGGUGGAGAAGCAUCAGACAGGGGGGGAGAAAUGAUAGCCAUCCAUUCUCUGAAUUUGCUAUUGAAGAGUAUUGGAGCUACUCUAACAGAUGUGGAUGAUCUUAUUUUCAAACUUGCUUUCUUUGAAAUUAAAUAUCAGUUCUACAAGAGAGACCAACUGAUGAAGAGAGUUGUUAGACAUUAUAGCGAACAGCUUCUGAAACAGAUGUAUGUUCUUGUGCUUGGGUUAGACGUUCUUGGAAAUCCCUUUGGCUUAAUCAGAGGCUUGUCUGAGGGAGUUGAAGCUUUCUUCUAUGAGCCAUUCCAGGGUGCUGUUCAAGGACCUGAAGAAUUUGCUGAAGGCUUUGUAAUUGGUGUUAAAAGUCUUCUUGGACACACAGUGGGUGGUGCAGCAGGGGUCGUGUCUAGGAUCACUGGUUCUGUUGGAAAAGGCUUGGCUGCUAUUACUAUGGAUAAAGAAUUUCAGCAGAAACGGAGAGAGGAAAUGGGUCGGCAGCCAAAAGAUUUUGGUGACAGUCUGGCCAAAGGAGGAAAAGGCUUGUUACGGGGUGUCGUUGGAGGUGUGACAGGCAUAAUCACUAAACCUGUAGAAGGGGCUAAAAAAGAAGGUGCAGCUGGAUUCUUUAAAGGAAUUGGAAAGGGGCUGGUAGGAGCGGUAGCCCGCCCGACAGGUGGCAUCGUAGAUAUGGCAAGCAGUACCUUCCAGGGAAUUCAAAGGGUGGCAGAAUCAACUGAAGAAGUAUCUAAUCUCCGUCCUCCACGUUUCAUUCACGAAGAUGGCAUCAUCCGGCCGUACGAUAGGGUGGAAGCCGAGGGUUAUGAUUUAUUUGAGAAAUUGCACAUCAGAAAGCUGGAAAACGAGAGCUAUCAAUACCACUGUGCACUUCCAAGAGGCAGAAGAGCAAACCUUAUUGUUACCAAUAGGAGAGUGAUAUAUGUAAAAGAAGUGGAAAUCUUAGGCCAUUUAACCACAGAGUGGGAUUACUUAUUUGAAGACUUCACACGCUGUCCCUCCUACGAAGGAAAUGUUUUAAAAAUAACUGGCUUGGAUCAAAGGAUGUUCCAAAGGAAGGACAGUACAGGUCAUGAAUGUGUAAAGACAGUUCAGCUUCAGGAUGAAACUACAGCAAGGCGGAUUUGUUGUGCCAUUCAGGAAGCCCAGGCAACAAGAAAACAACACAAGCUGGUGAAACAAGCGUCAUUGCAGUUGAAGAAACCGCAAAUGCUAUCUUGA